AUGUACUCCUGCCAUUCCCCCGCCCAGUCCAACACAUCCCUCUCCGAUAACGACGAUGACGACUUUCCCGUCAAGUCCGCUUUCUUUCGCGACAACGACGCCCAAUCGUCAGCCACCGUCCUAGUCCCCGCACAGUGGACCUCCCGCCGUGGUUCCCUCCCCAGGACCACCCCACUGUCGCAAGCCUCCCGGCUGCCCCCAGAAAUUCUCAUCCACAUUCUCAAGCAUCUCCACUCCUCGCGCGACCUUCUACAUGCUCUCCUUGUCUCACGCACAUGGUGCGAGUGCUCGGUCGAGCUCCUGUGGUAUCGGCCCAGCAUCUCGGCUGUCAAGUCCCUUCUCAAGAUGAUGCGCGUAAUAGCCAGAGAGGACCAAACCUUCAUAUAUGCACAUUUCAUUCGUCGCCUCAACUUCCUCUGCAUCGGAACGGACCUCUCCGACUCGCUCUUCUCCCGAGUGGCCAACUGCAUCCGGCUGGAACGCCUCACCCUCAUCAACUGCACGUCUCUUUCUGACGAAAGUUUUGGUCGCGUCUUCCCCAAGUGCCCCAAUCUCGUCGCAGUCGACCUUACAGGCGUAACGGAGGUUUCGGACCAAUCACUGGUCGCACUCGCAAGUACCGCCAAGCGGUUGCAAGGCAUCAACCUCACCGGAUGCAAGAAACUGACGGACAUCUCCGUCCUCGCGCUCGCAAGGAGCUGCCCUUUACUUCGUCGCGUCAAGCUCGGAGGCGUAGACCAGGUCACAGAUGAGUCAAUUUCAACACUUGCCCAUCAUUGCCCCGUCCUCCUCGAAAUCGAUCUCAGCAAUUGCAAAAACAUCACGGACAUCUCGGUUCGCGACUUGUGGACCUAUUCGGUACAAAUGCGAGAGAUGCGGCUGGCCCACUGCGUCGAGCUGACGGAUGCGGCAUUCCCGUCCCCCCCAAAACGCGACAUUCUCCCUCCGAGCUCAAACCCUUUCGCGGCACCGUUCCUUCCUUCUAACGAACUCCCUCCCCUUCGCGUCUCUCAACCCUUUGAUCAACUUCGCCUGCUCGAUCUCGCGGCGUGUAGUCAUAUCACAGACGAUGCCAUCGAAGGCAUCGUCGCCGCGGCCCCCAAGAUCCGUAAUUUGGUCCUCGCGAAGUGCUCACAACUCACCGACACCGCUGUUGAGACUAUAUGCAAAUUGGGCAAAGGGCUGCAUUACCUUCAUCUCGGGCACGCACAAGCGAUCACGGACCGUUCGAUCAACAGUCUUGUACGGUCGUGCACACGGCUGCGGUACAUUGACUUGGCAAACUGCGUUCACUUGACGGAUAUGUCAGUCUUCGAGCUCUCAACUCUUUCGAAACUCCGCCGCAUCGGUCUCGUACGCGUCAACAACUUGACAGACCAGGCCAUCCAAGCGCUAGGAGAAAGACACACGAAUCUAGAGCGUAUUCACCUGUCAUACUGCGACCAGAUUUCCGUCAUGGCCAUUCACUUCCUUCUUCAAAGGCUCCCGAAGCUCACGCAUCUGAGUCUCACUGGGAUCACAUCUUUCCGUCGACCAGAGUUGCAGCAGUUUUGUCGUGCCCCUCCUGCGGAUUUCAACUCCACCCAACGGGCGGCAUUUUGCGUCUACUCAGGCAGGGGAGUGGUUGAACUCAGGGACUUUCUGGGCGAGCUGUUCAUGUCCAUCACGAAUGAGAUGGCUACGUCCAACGACACCGACUACGAGGAUUAUGACGAGUCUGUUCCUCGCCGGGCGCACAGGGAGCCGGAGACAGAGGUCAUCGAGGAAGACGAAGAUGAUGAAGACUCUGGGUCGGGAGAGGUCUUUCCGCAAAGUACCCAUGCAACCCCCCGGAUGCCCGAGCGAAUUCCCAUCGCUCAGGCAACUCCCCGGCCCUUCAUCCCCGUGACGGCAGAACUUGCGAUGACUCGAGAGCCCAGGAGGAAUCCAACACCUCGCGCUCAACCCCGCGCUUAUCCCGGCUCCAGACCAUCAUGGCUCGGCACCGAUGGUACUGCUGCGCGUCCACGACGAGGUUUUGGCCAACAGCCUCUCGUGGAGCAGUCGACGUCCCCUACUCCCAGUGAAGCGGCGUCCAACCGGAGUGCAGGGACAACCCACUCGAACGGCACGACGUUUUUUCGGUCCUACGCGGACGCCCCAUCAUCAGCGAGGAAUGGCGUCAUGACCCCUGAUCUUGUCUAUGCUGAGAUAGGUCAUGGUCGCGGCGCCGGCCCCGGUCCCAGCACCAUCCUGGUCCAGAAUUACAACAGGCGCGAGCCUGCUGUUGAGCCUACUUUCCCAUCCAUGAUUUCCGCUUCGCGUCACGCGACCAAUCCUGGAUCUCCCUCCAGCAUUGUGACAACAACGGAAGUUUUCAGCUCAAGUACGCGUCCUUUCCGCAUGCAAGAUCAUCCGGUCCUCCACGACGCGUCCAACUCAUACCUGCGAGGAACUGGCCAGGUCGACGGCACCACCUCAUUCGACAUGAUGCAUGAUGUGUCGCCUCCGUCGCCAACAACGCGCGAGCUGCAGGAGUCGGUCCAGUCGGCGCUGGGGGGUCCGAAUGCAGCCCUAGACCUGGACGGAAGGGGGCGGAGUGUCAAGAGGACGAUUAGAAGCACUUUUGCUGCCGCCGAAACCUUCUUCACGGGGCGUCCUCCUGGCGGCAGCGCAGACGGACCUGGGGCCGCUGGCAUGACUGGUGGCCGCGAUAUGGACACUCACGGGCAUUGA